UUCCUCCACAAUCAUGAUGACCCAGAAAAACUCAGCCAUCGCUGUUCUGCUUUUCUGCUGCAUUCUGAGUAUGCUCUCCAGCACAGUUUCCACAUAUGGACCACUGACCCAUGCCUGCUGUGUGAAAUACACACGCAAGCCUUUGCCAUUUCAUCUUAUCAAGGGUUACAUUGAGCAGAGCUCACUGGAGGUGUGCCGCAUUGAUGCCAUCAUAUUCUUCACAGUGAAGAACAAAAAGCUGUGUGCCAGUCCUGAAGAUGAAUGGGUGAAGGCGACGCUCAUAUGCCUCAGUGACAAACUGAAUGCAAUGGCUUCCAAUGGGACUCUUGAAAUCUCAGAAGGAAGACAAUGUCAGCCUCUGAAAAUGAUCACCAACUAAUUGUGGCAAACAAAACUCCAAGCUUCUUCUCGGCUUAGCACUUAGUCUUUGUGAAAAAUACAGUAUCACUGCAUUCCUAUGUAGAGCAUAUAUAAAACAUUUAACUGCAAAAUUUAUGCUUGUUUCAUAGUUAAAAAUAUACACAAUGCCAUAAUAAAUACUAUAUUUUUAACUUAAAUGGAAUUAAUAUGCAAUUGUCUUAAUUUUUACUCUUCCUUGUAUCACUUACACUUGGCUACUCAAUUUUAUAAAAAAAAUUGGGAUUGGAAGUUUUGGAAUAUUUGGGGCUGGAAUCCAAAAUUUGAUUUGUUUCUAACUCCAAAGUCACUUUUACCACUAAAUCACAAUCAGUAAAAGCUGCGUAACACAGACUUACCAAUUAAUUUGCAGGUUAUUUUCUCCGAAAAAAAUCAAAACUGUUAUGAAUUAAUUUAAAAAAUACUCAAGAACACUUCUAAAAGUAAUGUUUUUUUAAUUUACUUUGCUGACACUUUUCUUUUGAAACUGACGCAGUAUCAGGCUACUUACAACCAUUUGUUCAAGUGACUGAGUAAUUUAAGGUACGCAGUUUUUCUCAAAGCCGGCAGCACAGCGGCUGAGUUGUUGGAUUAUAGGUUCGAAUUCAUCACCCCUCCUAGUCUAGCACUCAGUGAUUCCAGGAUAGGCUCUGGACCACUAUCACCCUGACAAGGAUACGUGAUUAUUGAAAGUGAGUAAGUGAGCACCUUGCUCAAGGCUAACCUUGUGCCCUGUGCUUCAGCGACAGGCUCUGGAGCGUUGCAACUCUCAUUCGGAUAAGUGGUUACUGAUAGUUACUGAGUGAGUGUGUGACUUCGUCAGGGGUACCACAGUAAGGGGUGAGAUUUAAACCUGUGUCCUUCAAACUCUAACUGCCACGUUGCCUGCUAUCAGAAACUUUUCAAAACCAGAAUUUCAUGAAUGCUUUUCUAAGUAAAAUGGAAAAUCUGUGUAACUGAAAAUUCUUAAGCAUUAGUAACAUGAGAAGCCAGUGAACUUUACUGGCUUAAAUUUCAGU